GCAAAAGGUAGUUUAGAACGACUACAGGGACGAAGCGUACGCUGAAGUGUCCGGGCGGGUUCCUGUCUGUAGAGAGAAGGGCACUUCACCGAGAGAAGACCUGGAUGCACUGUUCGAGGGAAUGUGGAGAUCCGAAAGUGCUUAAAGUGCCCAAGCUCGAGAAGUUGAGGAAGUUAAAUACCAUACCGGAGAAGUCACAUUGCAGGAACGGCACUCGACUCGAUAUCAGAACACGGUGUCAAAAAGCAUUCAUCAUUUUCUCGUUGAGUCACGGACUAUGUUGCAUGGAUGCUGUGUACGGUUCGCUCCCUGUGAUGGUUGCCUCGAAGGCUCAACGAAAGCGAACUGGUGCCUAUCCCUGUAGGACAAUUACCGCUGCCGACACUACCGGUAGAUGUGGGCAAAGAAAUUCUUUCGUUAGGUCGAAUGAACCCCUUCGGUACUUGGUACACAGAGCGCUUGCAAGUCUAUCCGCUAUUUUAGGCCUGAAACGCGUUCCUGAAUUUCCAGGCAUUGUCGCGUCGCGGGUCCAAGUUUCGGAACUGUGGCGGUGCGAUGGCCCUUCCUCCCUAGAAGCACUGAUCUUGCUGGCGAACCUUGUUGCGUUGAAGGAAAGCUCAGGCAAGUCCGCUAUCCAGAAAACUUUUUGGAUGUGUAAGAUUGCUGCCGACAGGUAUUUUGCGAUAAUUGACCAAGGUGAGCCGCAUGCCGCGAUGUCUGCCUUGCCGGCUCGGCGGCUUUCUUGAGGGUCAAGCCUCAGCGCUAAACCCACAUGCCCCCCUCGCUCCAGCCACAAUCGUCACGACGCAUUGGUCUCUCAACUACGCGGAUCCAUGCCAUGGCAGAUAGCUACCCCCCAGCCAUCUGAUGGGGGGCCGCGAUAGACUACUGCGCACUUGCUGCGGAAGGCCUUGGGCGCCUGUUGCAGUUGCCUUGUACACUUUCUCUAUCCUGUUCUGUGACUGUGACUGCUCCGACUGCUAAUCUUCUUUGUACUGUGCUGUGUGAUACGUGUCGCAGCCAGCCUCUUACUGAUAAGGGCAAACAGGUUCUUGAUGAUAUAGGUUACGGUAGCUUCUUAGGUUGUGCUUUGAGGAAAUCGGACGCUCUUUUGGCAGCACUGAAGGGAUAUUUGAGAAAAAGACGGUAUCGUGACUUUGGAGGUUCGUCAUGGAGGUAUGCAGGCAGCU